CGCGGCUGAAGCAGACGAAGAAGAAGCGGAAUCCUUAAAGCGCGAACUCGUGUUGUUUAUCUCAGUUUGUUUCGCGGGUUUUCCGGUGUGUUUCUGCGUGUCCUCCGCCCCAGGUGCGUGUUCGUGUUUUAUCUCAGGUGUUUUUAAGAUGCCCAAGCGCUCUUACCCGUUCAGCGAGAGUUUCUCCUCGCAGUAUAAAGUUCAUGUGGGCCAGAAAGAGAUGAGCACCUGCGGCGUGUUCGGGCUCCGCUACCGACAGGAGAUCUACGAGAAGACGAAGAGUCUGCUGUUCAACGGGACGAAGGCAGUGAUGGGCCGGAUCUGGAAGGCGGAGGGCGAGGAGAAGCAGUCAGAUGUGGUUGAAUCCGAUCAGACGAGUGUUUCUGCAGCACAUCAGACGCUGCUCAGAGGGCAAACGACUAUCGGUCUGGACGGACGACUGCACAGAGCGCGCUCCACACCGGGUGUGGGUGUGUGUCCUCCAGCAUGUGGUGUGUGUCAGCGCGGCUCUGCUUUGAGGAAGUGCUGUUCUCAGUGUGAGCGUCAGGUCUGUUCCUCGUGUGUCCAGCAGUGUAACAGCUGUUCUGAGAUCUGCUGCUCCGUCUGCACAGUCACUGAUUACAGUGAGCGUUACGAGCGCGUCCUGUGCUGCGGCUGCUCCUCCUGAUCUCACACCCCUGCAGAGAUGACCAUAUGAGAAUUACACCACAUAUGAUUUUUAAUGCAUUCCCAUUGACAUGUAAAUGAGAUUAUUUUAUAUAUGCUUUCCUGCCACUUGUGUACAUACAACUGUGAUUUAAUGAAAUAAAUACUUGUGCUUUCCUAA